CGUUCAGCCCGCAGGCAGCCAGCAAGCUAAGCCAGCCCCGUGUACCCAUGUGCUAAGGCAACACAAUCAGACGUCGGUCGAGUUGUUGGACGCUGUUCGAAAAAUUUUCGAGUAGCUUAUGCGUCCGGCACGUUGCAUGGGUGGAAGUGAAAAAAAAAAAAAAAAAAACUAAACGUAUAUCACGGUUGUCGAUAAAUUUUUCAGUUUUUUUUUUUUUUUCUCUUUUUCUACACAUUUUUCCUUUAAAUAAACAGUCCGGGAAAGUGUAAAUAAAGUGAAAUAUGGAAAGUGAAGUUUUCAAUGGGAUACAUGAAAACGGAGUGCUUUCGUGGAAUUUCAAAUAUUCCUGGCACUUGAACGGAAAGGAAGACACUCUAUUCGUCCGGAUACGUUGAGAAAUUUAAUAAUAAUAACGAUAGGCGUCAACCAAAGUUUUGAAACGAUAGUGUAAAUGAAAAAACUUUUGGACAAAAGUUUGUUGCGAUUAUAUCGUGGUGAAUACGUUUCGUGUAAAAAGUACAUUCGGCACAAUUUAUAUUCUACGUGAAGAAUAAUUGUCGUUGAUACGAGGCCGAUCCCGACUGUGAUAAAACAAUACAUAUAGCUUUAACCGAGCCAAAGAGAAAUAAUUAAUCGGGAGGAUGCUAGUGGUAUGGCAUACCUCGUACACGGCGGAAUAAAAGUUUUAAUACGGAAAGAUAUAUUCCGAUGAAAUUUCGCAAGACCAUCUCAACCAGCCCUAAGAUGGAGCUGUUGAGCAGGAGAUCGUCGAGUAACCCAAUUUCAUCGCUGAGGAGAUCGCGGUCCGUGAGAGCUUCGCUGAAACUGGUUGCGAAAAUUCGAAAUCAUGCGAAUCUAAGUGUAAAUUCCCACCCCGUUCCACCACCUCCGGUUUCUCUGAAUCCCGAAGGGAUGGCUCCGCAUCAGGGGAAAAGUCCCCUUCGACAGAAAAACACGGUGGAAGAUAUCAAGGUAAAGGGGGAAGCGAACUCUCGUAAGGGUAGAUCCGAAAGAACGGCCGAAAAAGGAAAGAGGAUCCCUCCCUCGGAAACAAAAGAAGGGAUAUUGUAUCAGACGAUGAAAAGUGUUGGAUCUGAUCUGGACGAGGUCGUGAGCCAAACUUCUGGAGAUAAGAGAGAGAGGAAAGCGUCAAAAAGUGAAGAAAAUCGCCUAAGCACAUCUGCUUUCACGAUCAGGUCCGAAAAAUUCUCUUUUACGGACCGCAUACGGGGUAGACACAAAAAGAAUACGCCCGAAAUAUUUUCGGAGGGGAAAAUAGUGCCGAGAUCAUCGCCGAAAAAUGAAAAUACCGUCGCCCCCUGCGGUAAGGAACAAAUCGCAAAAUCACCGAAAAGUGGCAACUUCUUUCGUCGAGAUAAAUCGAAAAUUGUCAACCCGGUAAACGUCGUCAGCUGCGGAUCUCCGGAUCGAUCGAUUCUGAGACUCCAGACGCUUCGUCAGAUAUUAGGAGAAUUUAACUCGUACGAAAAUCCAACGUUCAGUUUGGAUAACUCGACUAAUUCAGACGUUUCCAACGUUCAAUUGGAUGUCACGGAGUCGUGUAACGCCGGCUCCGAUGUCAAAGAAGAUCAAUGCGAACUGAAAGAAUCAUUUUACAAGGACUUCGAUUCGAGCGAAUCGAAAUCGAACGUGAGCGACGAAAGUUUGAAGGAAAUUCGAAGCUCGAACGAAGGGACGAUUUUACCAGAUUUACCAAAGUCCUCGAAACCAAAGACGAUGGACAACAUCGCUAAUUUUCUUUAUAACAAACGGGGAACAAGCCUCCGUGUUAAAAAAUCAAAAAGUAAAAAAUCGAGCCCCAAGGAUUCCAGAGAAAUUGAAACCAGCCAAAAAUCUACAGCGGAAUUAUUUCAGCCAACCAACACUCGACGAAGGCUGAGUACUUCCGUUUCCAGUUCGAUGUUGCCUACGCGACAAGGCAUGGAGUUCCUGGAGGGAUUUGGAAAAAAAAAGCACCAACAACAAAUUCAACUUGUCUCGGCAACUAAUUUGAAUCCACUUACGGCACAAGCUAGUCUCAACGUACAUUUACACGGUCUGUUCGCUGCGGUGGAGAACGGGCACUUGGACAAAGCGAAAUCGAUACUCGAAUCUACGGACGUUGACGUAAACAGUGUGAACAGCGACGGGUUAUCGCCGUUGGACGUUGCUGUUCUCAGCAAUAACAGACCACUCGCAAAAAUGCUGGUCGCAUUUGGCGCUCAGGAAGGAAACCAAUUCAAAUCUCCGGAGUCUUUGGGAAGCCAUUUAGCCUCCUUACUUUCCGAAGCGGAACACAAAGUCCAAGAACUCGGCGGAAGCUCGAGUAGCACCGGAACGACGCUUCUGGAACCUCCGAGUCACAGGGCGAGUUUCUCGACACCUCACAACAAUCUAACCGGAUGUGGAGGCAGCGCGGAAGACAAGCAACUUGCCAUCUGGGAAAGGAGAGCUCGAGCAUUGAGGAAAAUGUUACUGGGUUUCGACCAAGCUCGGCCACCAGAUAUGCCAUUUUUAGUGGCUGUUGACGUCACCGGUACGACCUCGGUCACGGUUAGAUUUCAAGAACCAGAUUCACACGAUUCUCCUAUAUGUACAAAGUUCAAGGUUCAGUGGAGCGUUAGGGAAGAUUUUUCCAUUAUAUGCGGAGACAGGGAAGUAUUGGAUAUGAAACAACGGGAAUGCAGGGUAGACGAUCUCACACAGGGGCAAAGAUAUUAUUUUAGAGCUGCUGCUGGAAAUUUGAAGGGAUACAGCAGGUUCAGGCCGUCGACACCUGCUCACGUUACCCCAAGCAGUUGGAGGGAUAUCGACGGUAGAUUGCCACGUUUCGCCGGUCGUCUUCAGCAAUUGGAUACUUUAUUUACGGAUAUACGACGACCGGAGUAUACGCAAGAGACGCCGGCGGUUCAGCGACGAAAUCAUAGAAAAAAAACCACCAUCAAACAACUCUUUACCGCGACCAGCAAAUUUCAAAAGAAUUUAAGAAGAGGCGUCUUUUUGGCUUGCUUGUUGUACCACGAGGACAAAGUACUCGUUACGAACGAGGACUUCUUACCGGUCAUAGAAAUUGAUGAAACUUAUCCUAGCUGCAUUUACAACGAUUUUCACUGGCUCAUGAAAGUCGCCUGUACCUGGGACGACGUGAAGUCCCUCAGACAGGAUAUGGAGAAGAGUCAUAGCAGUUCAACCAUUCACUUUAGGAUAAAAUUACUGCAGGCUGCCGCUCAAAUGCAAGCUGCUCUCUGCAUACAAGAUUUGGGUCAACUGUAUCAUAAACCAAUCAGAGAUGUUCAGGGAACGUUGGUGCUAUCCACUGUGAAUUACGUUAAAUCGCCAAAGCUGGUGUCUGUCCUAAAUAGUCGCUGGUUGCCACUCAGCAAAGUUACCAAAAAAUUGAUUACCCACGAAGAUAGCAGUGUCGCCGAUAUCCUCAUGGCUAGCAUAGCAGAACAGAUGACCUACCACCAAGUCAGCAGCGUCAAUCUAUCCAAGGGAUUGUAUUUGGGAUAUCUGAAGAUGCAAAGCAGUGUCGACUUGAUCCAAGUAGUCGUGCCCGCAAAAUCUCCGAACGUUCUGCCUCACUGCAAAAUUCGCGACAAUCCUCAUGUUUCUGCAGAAGAGUGGGAAUAUUUGAAACGCUUGACCAAAAUUCAACCGGGUGAUCAAGCGGUUCUGGAGGACUCCGAGGAGAAGGAGAACGCGACCAACGAAUCGCAAGGAACCGAGCAGCAGAAAUUAUUUGUGGAUCUCGUGUCCGCGACAGCCAGAAGACUCUUCAGUUACAUGGAAAUAAACCCGGACGAUUCGUUGAACCAUCGAUUGUACGACGCCGAGGUCAUUGAUUUGACACCGACCGUAUCGUUUCUGAUAACGGUACCUCCGGCUGAAACGGCUUGUUCCGUACCAGGGACGAGAGAAAUCCUCUUGAAGAGGGGUGACCUCCUAUCUUUGCCUAUCCAAGUAUUCGAAAUGGUGCACCUGAACACCUAUCAGAAGGACGUGAUAAACAGAUACUCCCGAUUGAGCUGCAUCCUCGAACUCGACACCGCUCUGGCGCAGCACAAUCACCGCGAAGCUUUCAGCUCCACCGAGCUCAGCGUAGCCAAGGACAAGUUGGUCAAAUUACAGGAUUUGCAGACUCAAGUCAACACCGUUUGGAAAGGGGCUAGGUGGCUCAUCGACGUUAUAUCGUUCGCAAGAGACAGAGGUUCGUCGCAGCAGAACGUGGGUGGCCAAAUGGCAGGAAUUCCGAUGAAACUUCUGCUCAAUCUUGAUCGUAAUAAGAACAGUAACAGUCUGAAGCGUAGUUUGUUGCAAUUACCUCCACGGGAUCCCAAGUUGGUAAAAUCCAGCCCCGGGCGCGGCAGUUGGCCAGGUCCUAACAUAACGAAUUCAACUUCAAAUUUGUUGACGACAGAAUUCAGUAAAAGUGAACAGCAACUUCCGAGCGGUCAGUACAUCCGUAAGGGUAGCAACACCUCUAAUAUAUCAACUGGAUCCGAGUUGAUGAAAAGCAGCGUCACGUCAAAAAACAAUCUGAUCCCCGUUCAGGCACCCAGACUUCCUCCGUCGAAAUCUGAGGACACGUUGCUUUUGACUCAUUACAAGCAUAGCCCCAGAAACAGAUCCGCCACGAUAACUUCUGCGUCCGCGAGUACGAGUCCGUUGUUGAGUAUAAAACCGAUUCUGUACGGGGGAUCGCUGCUGAGUGUUUCAACGGCGAUGACAAACACUACAAGCAUGUUGAGCGUUAGCAAUACCAAUUCGGACAGUCUUCAUUCGUUGAGCAGUGACGAAUACUCCACUCCGAAUUCAAGCAUCAGUCAUAAAGCUAGCCACGUCAAGUCCAAGAUUUCGAAGCCGACGGCUAGCGUAGCUGCGAUAGCCACUUCCGUGAUGGAGAGUCAAUUGGCUGAGGAAAAAGAUGAAGCCACUAUGAUGCCCGCACCGCUUCCCGGGAUACUGCAGGUAUACGCAGCAUACGAAACUGGUCUUGCAUCGGGUACGAGUCUGAAGCUACACGUUACUCCAAGAACAACCGCGCGCGAAGUUGUGGAUUUGGUGGUUACACAGUUGAACGUUGCGGUGGUCCUCAAGGAUCAGGCAGGGCCAAUUUACACCGCUGACGAGCUACCGAAUUUUUGUUUAGUCGCCGUUAUUGGUGCUAGGGAACGUUGCCUGAGGGAUGACUUCAAACCACUGCAGCUGCAAAAUCCUUGGAAAAAAGGGAGGCUGUACGUCAGACAGAAACAAGAUGUGCUAGCUGCCCUGGAACACAGUAGCAAGCACACCGCGUACUUAUAGCAUAAGGAAGUUGACGAAGAGAAAUAAAGGACAGCUUGCUCCGACCAGAUUUGCCAACUUUGAAGUACAUCGAGUUAUAGUAAAAUGUUGAUUAUGCUUUUUUCAGGAGCAUGAUUGUUGCGAAUUAUUUUCCUUCCACCUAUGUUUCACAUUGGUCGUUCAAUCGUCAAUCGAGUGCUGUGCAUUGAUUCAGACGUGAAGAUUUUACGACAAAACUUAUCUUUGUUACAUCGGAAGUAAACAUUAGAGUUGGAAGAAAUUUGAACGAAUAUUUGUCUCGGUGAAAAAGUAUUUUUCAAAUCCCUUAGUUUGUAUAAAAUACUCGUGUUACGAACGAUUAUAUUUUAGGUACCGAUCUCAGUGUGUAAAUUAUGUUGUAUGAGAAUGAGAACGCAAGUCCAAAUGACGGAUUGGCGCGAUUGAAAACGCGAUUGAAUAAUUGAAUCAAAUUUGAUAUGAAUAUCGAACAGCUGACGUACCAGCUUGUCUAUUAUAUAGAAAUAUUGAAUCACAGAGUAUGAAUAAAUUAGGUAAAAAAAAAUAGAAGUAGAACAGAUCUGAUUACCGUACGAGCUAUCGAGUUAUCAGACGGAAAAAAAAAAGAAAAUUAAUUUGCGAUGUGUCAAAAAUUGAGCACUCAAUGACGAGUGUAGAUAUACGUGGUGUAGAUUUUUGAAAAAAUAUGACUAUUUAUUUAGAGAAAAAAAAAAAUGUUAUUGAUAAAUAGAUAUACCGUGAACACAUGACAAGGGCUUAUAGACUGCUUUAGGCUAGGAGAAAUAGAAUGUAUAAUUUAUAAAAGAUAAAUCGUUUCCUGUUAUUUUAGUUUUAUGUUUGAUAUAAAUGUUGAGUUAUAUAUACAAUAUAUAGAGACACAAAAUUACAUGUAAA